GCAGCCCUCAGUUCUCUCGCCUUCUCCGCGUCAACCGCACGCGCGUGUACAGUGCCAAUAAUUGUAUUAAAAAACGUGCUGUGUUCCAAUUUAUCACAUAAAAACUAUCGGAUUUUCACUCCUGUAAGUCUUUAUCCCCUAAGCCUGGCAAGUCUACAACACCCGGCCUUCGCAGAACAUGGAUCUGUAACUAAGUCCCACAAUGAGGUGUCUGUGAUCUAAGCACAAAAGGCGGUCGCCUACGAUAUCAAAAUGACGUCAGAGCGCACCAUCCCGCAUCUGCGGGACAUCUUCGGUCUCAACCAGCAAUAUGAUACCAAAAGUUUCGAAGACGACGACAAAGGCAAGAAGUCUAAGAAAAAGAAGGACGACUACCGCACCUACACAAACGGUGACGUCAAAACCUUAGAACGACACCUCAGCAUGAAGAAAACUAUACGGAAGAAGAUCAUGCGGGAUCUACAGCAGGCGUUCGUUGAAGACCCUAACGAGUUUAAGGUCGAGAAUACGAGCCCUGAGAAAUUAAAGGCGGAGUUAAGCGCCGAGGCUGUGAAAAUUGAGAAGAACGUACGGAAGAAUGAUCCGACGUUCUUGGAUAUGCUACGAGGAGAGACGAGGGGUGAGGAGGCCAGGGAGGAGCAGCCGCCGGCAGAGAAGACGAGCUUCUGGCGUCGGCUCACCAUGAAAAAUAAGAACAAGAGAUAAAGCAUACAUUGCCUCUCCAUUCUCAUCAAAGUUACUGGCCAUCUAGAAAAUUGAUACAGAAAAUGUUUGGCAAAAAAAUUUAGCGCCGACUUACCUACCUACGAUAUAAAUGUAAAUAUGGACGAAUUAACUGAAAUCACGUUAAUUGACCAACCGAAGCACAUUUUAUCACCAAAUGGCGAAACCAUCGAUCAGUCAGAAUCAGAUCAGUGCAUUGGAUACUUCUAUAAUAUCUAUGUAGGUAAUAUACAGAAUGGCCCAAGAAUACAUUGACAAAAAAAUUUUUGCAACAUUUUUUACACAUCUUACAAAAUAUAAUUAAAAUUUAAAACUACAAUCAUUUAACUAAAACAAAACGUAUCAUCUUCAAAAUAUACUCCUUUAGCUUUGGUACACAAACGGAAAUGUUUGUUAAAAUGAUCACGAAUAUACAGAAUAAAUAAAAAAUGUCAACGUAUUUUUAGGCGACCGUGUAUUUGGUGCUUACAUCACAAUAUGUCAUAUAAUAAGCAAGUAUACAUUUUUUUUUGCGUAGAGUGGUGCCACGUAUUGAAAUUCGUCAACCAUACUCGUAUUACCUCCACGGUCUCGUUGCUUAUUUAUACAAUCCCGUAAUUUACGAAAAUAUCUUUGAAGUGAACUUUAAAUCUAAGACUGUAUUUUGGAUGUUGGCAUAGACUAUUUAAAUAGACCAGUUUUGUACUUAUUCUAUGUCAAUUACUCGGAUAAUAUUUAUUAAUAUUAUUGUAUAGUAAGUUUGAAAUGUACUGACUAUUCAAUCGUUAAUAAAAUUAAUAGCUCGAGUCUAUAUUUAAAUUAAGGGAUCCGAAAGGAAAUAAGCAUCUGUUGUAAUAACAUUUAGGUACCACAUACAUAAAAACUUUUCCGGGGGAUUAGGAUCAAUACAUAUGUUAUGAUAGUUUUUAAAUGAGCAAGAACUCAGAUCAUAAAAAGUUAUAGGUAAAACUUUAGAUCAUUUUUAACUAUUUAAAGGUAAAUUUUUGCCCAACUUGCGAUUCUUAACUAAAGAAAACAAACUUGUACCAAAUGUACCAAAUUGUAUUGUAGCAAAAUUAAUUAUAAUAUUGUGUCUAUAUGUUGGGACUUACCUUUUCCAUCUUUGAGUGACAUUUUAAUUAUACUGAAUCGAGCUUAAAAUUGGUCGAAACAGGUUAAUUGAUCAGUUUCAGGAUAUUCAGGUAACCAUGAGUUGGUCGGUGUAAAUAUUUUUGAAAAACGAAAUGUUUCCGACCGGAACGGAAAGCUUUCUUGGGUAUUUUUGAAACAGGACUAUACUGAAGUAAUCGUCUUAUAAGACCCAUAAUUGUAUUGCUAUGUAUCUCAUCUUUUCCUUAUUUUAAUAUAAAAAUGUAGUUGCAACAUUACUCGAUAUUGCUAUGGUACCUACUAAAGUUCAUAAUGUAUGUACUGUAUAUAUGGGUGAUUUAGAUUAUGAUAAGUGCUUUUUUGCAAUAACUACACAAAAACGUUAAGAGCUUACACAACUGUCGAGGAUGGUCAAGCAUUUAUGGUCUUACAUCGUGGCCAUCAUUUUCUUACAAGUAUGUAUGUCUGCUAGAGUGAGUCGCAAGUCGCAUCGUAUAACACGAUAGAUGAUAAAAGUGCAACCAACAUAUGAACACUCGUACGUACUGGCCGUGAUACUGUUUAUCGUUCGACAAAGAUACCCAUUUUUUCUGUUUUCUUAUCUACAGGUUUGUGAAAUUGUGUUAGACCAAGAAAUCCUGCAGAGAUUUUAACAGCACACGCAGUGCCAGUGUUAUUGAUAGUCACAAUUUCAUAGAAGUUUGACGUUUAAAAUAACACCUGCACUGCGUGUGCUGUCAAAAUCUCUGCAGACUUUACUUGGUUUAACUCUAGUUGUGUAGGCUUUCACAUUCCUCAGGAAUUUAAUGUUUCAAAUUCUAGUUUAACAAUCGCAUAAAAUUAAGCAAUGCCUUCACUGGAGUACUACUUAUAUGAACUGUCAAACUGUAAGUUAACUCGUUUGGUGGGAACGGAGCCUCAGCAAUGCUCCGCUAUUGUUACUUAUAAAAUAUCUCGUUCUACAUGUGAUGUAACGUUAAGUCGUUUAGGUUAGUUUUAACGUGCAUGCAGUCAAACACAGCGAGUUUUAAUACGGUGUUACGGAGUGAAUUCAUUACAUCAAAAUUGGAUGUAUGAGGAAGGUAUACGACCGGUUUUCGUGAGGAUUCUGGGGGCCUGAUAUAAUCUUACAUUGACAAGCGCCAAACGAAAAGAAAAAUCUAUUGGGGAUGACAGAUGCUACGAAAAGUCACCUGACUAUUUCCAUACAUUAUUUAGAACGAAGGUGGAGCAACCGCGCGAAAUCGCCUUUUCAUACAAACGUAGUCCUCGUUUUCCUCUCUGGAUAUUAACAUUAUUGAAAAUAUUUUGAAACCACUUCUUGUAUAUCAACCACAGCUGCGCCUCUACGUUGUGCUUUUUUUUAGAAUUUUUAGUUAUUAUAAGAGAAGCAUUUUUUUUUAUGAAAUCUAUUUUUGCUCCUAAGUUUUACAAUAAUCAAUAAAUCGAAAAAAAGUCAAACGUAGGGGCAUAGCUAUGGCUAAUAGCUAUAUAUACAUCAAAUUAUGUAAAAAUAUUUUCCAUAAUGUCAAUAUCCAGAGAGGAAAAUGGGGACUAUGUUUGUAUCGAGAAUCGGUCGUCCCCUUUCCUCUGUUUCGAUUCGACCUCUAUUACAUAUAGUUUCCUAUCAACGAUUUUCAUCUUGGCUAGGCCGCCUGGCCUUUACAGAGCGGUGGAAAUCUUUCGACUGAAAUGAUAAUGAUGAAAAAAAAAGAAGUUGGAAUGGACUGAACAACGUUUGAUAAAGCUGGAAAGUUGGAAACCCUUACUUAGAAUUUAAAAUGUUUAGAUUAAUUUAGUGAAAUUGAACCGGUGGAUAGAAUUAAUAUUGCAUAAAAAUAUGUAGAUAAACAAUACAAAUUGAGGGUACCUAUAUUAUAAUAUAAGAACAGGCUAAAGUCCCAUUUAGACGGUUCAAGAACUUGCAUGCUACAUAUUUUCUUUUACAUUGCGGUAUUUGGUCGAUCGACUGAAUUCAUUGAACUCUGUAGUUUAAGCAAUGUAUCAAAUAUUGCAAGCAAGUUCUUGAACCGUCUAAAUAGGGCUUAAAUAUUUAUGACAUAUUUGAAAAUGGUUUUGCUUGUUCUUUGGUUCUUCUGAAAAAAUCUGCACAAAAUGUCUUUAAAGAGUGUUGGUAAUUGCUAUAAUACAAUUACAAAAACAUUAUCAGAGAGUGGCCAUUGUAUAUGUGUACCUACCUACCUACCUAUGUAAAUUCGAGUUAUGGUACCUACCUACCUAUGUAACUUACAUGUAAAAAUGCGAUCACGUACGAGCUUUUUAUCAAUCAUAUUAAUUUAUCUACUUUAUUAGCACGAGCUUGCUUGCACUCGUCGCCAAAGAUGUGUUAACAUUUUUCGCCUUAAUACAAAGGAGUAACAUGCAAAAGCGUAAACAUUAUACUUGACGUCGACUGUAUCUAACCAAUUUUGUAGAGCGUGUUCCAGUGAUCUGAUCGAAAUGUAUCUAUUCAAAAUAAAUUGAUUGUUUCCUGCUGAAAGUGACUGUGACAUGUAAAUAAACUCUAAUCUUAACUAAAUUUAAUUUAUUGUUUUUGGGUACAAAAUGAACUGAAAAUCAGCUGUGUUUGACUGUAUACACAGACGUAUUUUAGACAUAAGUAUCAUUACGUUGUUUGUAACUUUUGUAAGUGGUAAUUGUAUAUGGUAGGCUCGUUGCAAUUCCUAACAGUUUGUUGUGACAAUUUUAGGUAUUAUAUUGCAAUAUAAAUAAUUUUACAAAUUUAA